UCGACUGUAACACUGUGGUUUUUGGUUAUAUCUCUUAUUAUGAGUUAUCGGGGGAUCUGUGUCAGGGGUGCUGAAAUUUACAUUUGUUACAUUUGGAUAAUUGAAAAUAUAAAUUAUGAAGUAAAGUGGUGUUGAAAAUCGUGUUCCUCUGUUUUUAGGAUCUCAAGUGUAUUUUUCUUCUUGGUCGAAAUUAUCAAAUAAAAGCUGUAAACGAUGGACUCCAUAGAUGUGACAAUAGCUAGACUUGUUUUAGGUUAUUUGAAGCGAGAACACUGUAGAAAGGCAUAUGAUGAAUUCCUGAGGACUUCGGGACCUUUAGGAGAACACAGUUCAAAUAGAAGCAACAAGUAUAUAUCUACACGAUUCAUUGGUUUGACGCUGGAAGAAAUUCUUUCAGAGUAUUUUGAGAUAUCUCAAAUUGUUCAGGGCAGAUUGGAACCUACAGAUUAUUAUAAUGAAGGUCACUCGAGAACAUCUUUGGUUCAACAAUUGUUAUAUUUGUUGAAUAAAGUGCAGCUAAGCAGAACUUCUACACCUUGUCCUAGAUCACCUUCAGAUUCUAAUUUGGGUGAAACUAGCCCGUCUUACAUAGAACACAUAAGUGAUGUGGAAGCAACACCUGCUCAUACUUUACCUGGAAAUAUUCAAUAUGAGAGUAAAGAAUCGUACACUAACAAGAGUUCUAGACGAAAGACCCAGUCAAAAUAUGCUAAAAUGGGUACUACUAACCGCUCACCUCUUAUGGAAAAGGAAGAUGUUUCAGAGAUUUUAGCUCAAACGUUGCUAGAAAAUAGGGAAUUUCAUGAGAAAAUUGCACAAACCAUCAACAAGGUGGCCGAGAAACAGUUCAAAAGUUCUGCUGAAUUAGAUAAGACAAUAAAAACUGUUGUAAAAGAAACUGAGGAAGAUCCCAUUUUUGACAGAAUACUUGAGGACAUUAUUGGUUCAUCAAAUCAUUUGGAUGAUGAUGAAAAUAAGGCACUUGAAACGGGUAGUACAACAAGCAGCAAUGCUCAUAAAACAAACAGAAGAAGUCUGGAAGCUGCAGUGGACAAUGAAAAUGCUUACCAACCUUCGGUAUCUAACAGUGUUGAUCAACAAACCGCUGAUGCCAUUCAGUCCAUAGUGGACAGUUCCCAAGUAAACACUAAUACUCAGAAAGUGGAUGAGCAGGGAAAGAAUGAGGUAGUGGUUUUUGAUGGUUCUUUAGAUAAAUACCUUCAAUCAGAUAAUGCAGGAGUUAACGUUGCACAAACACAGGCAGUACAAAAUCCAUUGUAUAUAAAUACAACAACUGCAUUCUUCAUACCUAACAAUGUAACAGGAUAUUCAAAUCCAGAUAUUAAAAAACAAGUUGUUGUUCUUAACAAUCAGCAGCCUACAAUAAACUGGACGACUCCAGGAAUAAUGACUGAGAAUGAUAUUUUGACAAUGCCCACUGUGAUCCUCAGUGACUCUGGUCUUAAGAAAAGUGAUCUAGUGGCAAUUCCAAAUAAUGACAUAGCACCAGUUAAUAAACGAAAAGUAUUAUUACCUAAAAUUCCAAAGCAAAGAAUUGAAAUAUCAGCAGAUCUCAGUGAAUAUUUGAAACUCAACAAUACAGAAGAUGUUAAAUUAAAAACAGGGCUAAAAAAGGUUCAUUAUCCAAAAUCUACAAAUACUGCCACUUCAUCGAGCUCAUCUGCAGAUAUAAUUACUGCAAAAGCAAUUAGUCCUGAACGAAGCAAGCUUGAGAAUUCGAAAGAUAACGCACAAUCUGAUGAACAGAGAGAAAUUGGAAGAGUGCAAACAUCAGGUCGUAGUAUGCCCACUACUUGUACACCACCUCCUGUCCAACCGAUAAGAAGAACAACUCCCAAAAGUGGAUCCCAUAUUCGUAACUUAGACUUCUCUUCCCCUCCAAAAAUAACAUCUACACACAAAAAAAGUUCAACAUCUAAACCAGAAAGCAAGUCCCCUCAGUUUGUUCAUAAAAAGCAAGCUGCCAAAUUACUAUUUAAAGACACCCGAACAUGGGAUGCUGACUUGAGAGCCGUUUGUGAGCAAGCUGACAGAGAAACCUCUUGUUCUAAACCUAAGGAAAAACGGAAUACCUCAUUUGGAACCAGGAAACGAACUAGCAAUAAAGAAACAUUAAAACCAAAACAAAAAAAACUGCUUUCAACCAAGAAAACUAAGAAGAAAGUUGAAAACUCCGAAUUGCUGAAUACAACAGAACAAAAUGCCGCCCUUGUGGAAGCAGCCCUUCAAACACCUGAGAAACAAGAAGUUUGUGAUGAGAAACUUGCUGAAGAAGCAGAAAAAAGUACAAAAUCUGCAGAUAUCAAGUGCAAGGAAAAAUUUUCUGAAAUAAUUGCAGUAUCCAACUCAAAAUCCGAUCAAAUAAAACCUGAUAAUGCCAAUACUAAAAGCGACAACAAUGAGAAUAAAGAGAAAUUUGAAACUCCCGAAACGAUGAGAGAAAGCACUGCCCAAUCUGUUAAUGCCAACAGAAAUAUCAUGUCUCUGUUGGAAACACCUAUGAAAGAUCAGGUGAUUCCAAAGACACCUGGACUAACAACUCCAUCGGACAUGAACUUGAGCUCUCUUAACUUCACUCCUUUCACCAAGAUGCUAGAAGAUAACCUCAAAGGUAUAGAUAUUGGUUCUAUACCUACACCUAGUAUACCAAUAACUCCUAAUUUUCCACCAUUCACUCCUAUGGUGGAUCUAACCUCACCAUUUUCAAACAGGCCUACAGACUAUUCAACUAGUAGUUCAUAUUAUCAACCCUCUGACAACGAGCAGAAUAGGUCGUUGGAAGCCCAAUUACGUGAAGUCGAAAAGAAUCCUACACCUGUUGAUCAGGUUAAAAGUAUGUUCAAUAAAAAUGUUAUUGGAAAGAAGAACUUGAAUUUGAUGAAAAGAGAAGUAUCAGAAUCUCCUGAUAGUUCCACUAGUACUUCUGAUAGUAUAAGUGAAGCCAGUGAUAGUCACUGGUGUGAAAAAGGCAGCAAUGAUACUGUGAUAUUGAAAAAGAAGGAAGCUGAAACCCCUAAAAGGACAUAUUCACUGAGAAAUAGAAGUGUUUCUCAUGAAACUAUCAAGAGAGAUUUGAAGGCUGUUUCUAGAAAGAAUUCUGCGGACAAAAAAAAAUUAGAUUCUAAAAUAGUUAAUAAAUCAAAAAAUUCAGAUGAAAGUAUACAAACUUUGGCAAGUAAACCAGUUGAAGUGAAAGAUAUGAAAAGUUCUCUUAAAAUUAAAAAAUCACCUGGAGAUUCUUGUUCAACAAAAACUGAGAAUAAAAUUGUUAAGAGAAGACUUUCCACCAAGAAGACUAUUGCAAAAACUUCCAACAAAAAAAAGAAAUUGUUUGAAGAUGAAAAACAAAAACCAGAAAAAGAAUCAAAAGACGAAAGUCUUUCUGAAGAGGUUAGUGAGGAAGAGAUAGAUGUGAAAGCAAUCAUUCAUGAAUCUAAGAAUUCUUUAGAAAAAACUAGAAAGUCAUCAAAAAAAAUUGAAGUGACUAAAAAAAUAGGAAAAAUAUCUGAUCCUCCUGCUGAAUCUAGAGUGUCCGGGGAGAAAGAAACACAAAAAAAUGUAUUGGAAUCAUGUACAAAAAAAACAUCAAAGGUUGUUUUCGAAAAAGGCGGUAAAAGUGUAGAAGACUCCAAAAACAGUUUUCAGGUAUCUGGAAAAGUGUCUCAGUGUACAGAACCUCAAAAUCAAAAAGAAUCGACCCCAACCCAAAAAAGUGUUGAAGAAAACAAUCAAUUUUUGGCCAAAUCAAAAAAUCCACGUAAAGCCUUAUUGGAUGGUCAAUCUUCAGUGUCGAAGGAAUUGGAAGAAAAACGGCAAAGAAUGAUAAGCAAAUUAAAAGACAACUGUGGAACAAAAAAAAUGGCUACCCCACCUAAGAAAAAGCAAAUCAACGGAAAAUUCAAAAUAAAGCCAAUCCCAAGCUUGUGUGUUCGUAAAAAACCACGUAAAUCUGAUUCGCCUAAAAAGAUAGUACAAAUCAGAAAACCUAAACCAAUUAUCAGUUCAGAUUCUGAUUCUUCGACGGACAUAAUUCUUGAGACAAAUAAAAAUGAAAGUAAAAGUGAAUCAAGCAAAACACAGGAAAAUGUUACUCAAAGUGACAAAUCUACAUCCGAUGUAGAAGCCCAAAAUUUAAUUGAAGGAAUGAAAGAACGAGGAAUCCACUUAAUACACAAUAAAAGCCCCAAAAAGAAGAUUGAAAGAGAUAUUAAAGAAGGUCAAAUUAUAGACUGCAGUUCUUCUCAGAUUGAUACAUUGGUAAGGGAAACUUAUGACACAAAGACUUUUGAAGGGGAAGACACGCAUAUUAUCUUUGACAUGGAGAACGUUAUGGACACUUCAAACACUAACCAAAUGAACCAGCUUCCCCCUAAGACCUUUAUUGGAAAAGUAUAUUUAGAAGGAUUGGGAGAAGAAAUUGAUGUACCUCUGAAAUUUUCAACUUUUUAUACUUUACUUGAUAUUCCAUCAGAGGAAAAUUUAAGUGACACCAAAAAAAAAUGUGAACAAAAUGAGUCACCAAAAAUUAUAAUUAGAGAUGUGGUUAUUAUAAAGGAAAAAAAUGUUUACGAAUCUGUUCUUGAAGAAGAUAAGGAUGAUAAAAGUGAAAAUAUGAAGAAAAUUUGCCCUGAAAUUGGCACGUUCACUGCAAAUGAUGCUAUUGUUAAAAAUUCAGGAGGGAAGUCGAAUUGUAGUUUAUCUACAGAGGCACCUGUAGAUGAUGAUUUGAUGAAUUUUGCAUCUACAGGAAAAGAAGAUCAGGAUAGGUCACAAUCGCCAAGAAGUACAAAAAAAAGGAAGUUGUCUUCUGGUGAGGGACAGUAUCCUGACAAGAAAGUCAAGACUCUUCUCAAGAACAUAAAUGUAGAUUCAUUUUUAAAUGACAUUCGUGGAAAACCUACUUAUCAUUUGAAGAAAUAGAACCUAAUGAAAUAAACUUAAAAUUAAAGCAAUGUUUGUGAAACAGUCAUUUGAGUAUAAGAUGUUGGGUAUAUUUUUUUGGAAUUCCAUAGAAAGAAAAAAUAAUGAAAUACUUCCAUUUUCAUAAGUUCUGAUGAUACUAUGUUCUAGAAUAUAGCUGUGAUUUGAGACCAUAAAAUGUUAUGAAUAAACUUAUCUUCUCAUAUAUCUAUAUUAGCAUUUGAAUAUUAUUUUCUUGUUCUUGAAACUUUUUCCUUUUCUUAAAAAGAAAAAACUAAUUUCCAUAAAGUACCUGUACCUAUUAAUAAUUGGUGUAUUCACUUCUCAAAGAUUCAUGAAUAUAUUUUUUCUCAUUUGAUUUUUUUACAUUUUCCGUGAUUUUAUUUGUUUCUAUUGUCUGAAAAAAUAUUUAAGGAAAUUUGUUGAUGAAUAAUAUUUAGUUUUUUCUAUUUAUGUUGUAAAUAGAAUUUAUUCUGUGAAAUAAAAGUACAUAUUUCUAUUUA